AUGAAGGGAUUGCUUUCACCCGAGGUGCCGCUACUCGUUUUCUACUCUGACCCGGCAGCCACGCAACGAGGCUGCGGAUGUACCAUCCAGGCCAGGGACGAGGAGGAGGAAGAGCGCACGACCACACUGCAGGCCUGCGAAUGCCCGACCGACGCUUGCUUCACCUGCGGACUUGACCAAGAGUACGCCAACGACGAGAUAGAGAUCGAAAAGGGGCAGAACACCCAACCCACCACCUCCGCCCCCAAACGACGUCCGCUCCACCUCCUCAUCACCGUCUGCAUGCACGGCAACGAGAAGACAGGUCUGGUGGCGAUGAAUGAGCUGAUCAAGGAGGGCGCCAUUCCCGCGCUCCUCAACCAGCGCGGCGUGUACACCAAGUUGACCGUGAUGGUCGGGAAUCCUCGCGCUGUGGCCGAGAACAAGCGCUUCAUGGAGAAGAACCUCAACCGCAUCAUCCAUCCCACGUGGUUUGCGAGAGAGGAACAACUCUACGAGGUCCGCCGAGCGCGGCUGGUGGCGCGCAUGGGGCUCAGCAGCGACCAGUGGCUUGACGUCCACUCCACCUCCUCGCCCUGCACCGCCUACGCCCUGCCAACCGGCAAUCCGCAGAGCGAAGAGCUCGCCGAGAGACUCGACAUCGGUUUGGUGAUCAGCAAGCUGGCUCACCACACUGUGGAGGGCGGAACCUCUUGCGAUUGGGCCUUGCAGCACAACAAGGAGGGCACACGAGAGGCCAUCGAAUCCGCCAAGCGGGUGAUCAUGAGCUUUAUUGUGGGCCACCGCCUAUUUGGCGAGAAGCGCCGCUACGUGAGCACCAACCAAGUGCGCGUGCGGAAGGGCUUCAGGUACGCCCGGCGCGUGCAGGCCUUCGAGCACGUAGCCUACAACGAGUUGUUGGCGAUGGACGACGAGGUGGGCGAGAUCAGGUGUCCGUUCGAAGAGGGCGCGGUGGUGAUCAUGCCCACCUCGGCGCCCAUCGUCGGAGAGGAGGCCUGGUUCUGGGGCCGACAAAACCUCGAGAUCGCGAGCGUGUAA